AUGGCUGCCAACUUCACCACAAGUGAAUGUACCCCACGGCAGGAUGACCUCUCACUCCAACACAAAGUUGAUGCCGCAAUCAACGAGGCGAUAUCCCGUGGCGACCCUGAUCUAGCCGUGAACAUGGCCCAGACACAUGUCAACUCAUUCGGCAACGCAGAGCUAAGAUCUAUGCUAAGUAAUGCUCUCCACAGAGCAGAUUGUGGAAACGAUCGGCAGCAGUUGGAAACAUACCAGUCAAAGCUUCGCAGAAGAUAUAUGCCCAGUAUCAAGCACAAAAAGGCCUACGUGAGGGAUACCUACCAAUAUGCGGGAUUUAUGAGGCUCCUCGUGCGACUGAGACAGGACGGCAAAGCUAAGACCGAGCAAAGAGUUGCAGAAAGAUUGGCCUUGGAGUUGCAGCGCGAAUACAGCGACAACCUAGCUUCAGCGGCUGAGGGCAGAGUUGGGGGGCCACUCAAGGACACCGAGAGCAAAAACGACUCUCCAGGGACGCGUGUCAGUGAGGCCGUUGAUGAGACUGCUCAGUGUUCAAGGCCGGCCAUAUGUUCGGAAGUUAUCGAAGACGAUCUCGUGUACUCUCCGCCACAAGUAAUGACAGCCAAGCCAAGUGAGCACCACGCGAACUCAGCCAAAGCAGAAGUCAUCGAGAUGGCGAACCCUACAAGAAGUCAUCCCAUACCAAGCGUGGAGGUUCACACUCCGAUUCGGCCUGGGCCUCAGAAAUGCGAGAUUCAGCCUCUCUGCUCCAACUUUGGAGAGAGGUGGUAUUGCGAUGUACACUCUAUCACGCUAUGCACCGCACGAGCACUAAAAAGACACAGGAGGGAAGAAGAAGAAGGGUGCGAGGUAUCCGAUGAUGGCAGUGGUGGUGAUGAAGUCGAGGUGGCUCGGGCCGGCCCACCGAAACCGACUCCUCGGAUGAUUGGCAAGGAGGAGCCCGAAGCUGUGAUGAUCGCGCCAAGGAAGGGUAGAUAUGACAGGCAUGGUAUCUUGAUACCCAAUACAGCAGAGGAUAAGGAGCUCGUGAAAAGAUUCUUGGCGGCCAAAAAAGAGAAGUGA